UCCGAAAGACGGCCUUGGCGUCGACCAGAUCAACGUUACCAGGACCCAGAAGAUGGCAAUAGGUGUGGCGUGUUAUCCUCCUGGCGUAAGGACAUUCCUUUUGGCAGCUAGCUUGUUCUGCCGUGGAGUCAAGGUCAAGGAAGGACGUUUGGCCACUGCGCACUGGUGCGUGGAUGCCUUGCUUAAAGCAAAAGUCGCACUCCACUGCUCAUCGCCCUUUGGCUCGGCAGCCGUUACAUCAUAACCAUUGCAGGACUGGAGUUUGGUACUGUACAUGGAAAGUGGGGAUGCGCUCAGUGGGUUGCAAGGACUACAUUCUGGGAUGGUCUGUUGUGGAGUGGUGUGGUUGGAUUAGUCGGGGGCGUUUUAGUACCAGAUUUCGUAGUCAAUCAUGUGUGCGUACCGGCGAUGUUGCUGAACCAGUCACGCCAGACUAUAAACUGACUGACGUCCAAAGCCGGUGCUGUCAAGUCAAAACCUGAAAGGCCGUCAUAUUAAAAUGGAUAAACAGCACCAAGAAAUAUGGUGCUAAAAGGACGGGUGAGCCCAUCAGGCCCAACAUGUAUCAAAUAAGGAGUAAGAUGGGGCUAGCUACAGUGAACAACAAUCGGGAGUGUCUGUAUACGUGAAAGCUCACUCCUAACGAGAUAUCAAAGUACAGUACGGCCAUUACCUUUGAUUAUGAAUCUAAUGUUUAUUUCUGCUUUCAUCCCGAGCUUACGUUGUUACGUACAAUCAUAUUUUGCGACUUUCAUCAUUACCAUUUUUGACAACCUGAUCUACCGGCUGUAAGGCGUAGUUUUUCCAGUUCCUCAAAGUCCAACAUUGUAUGCGUACAUUCACGGUUGAUAUAUUCUUUUAUUCGUACGU